AUGUCGCUCCUCCUCCGGGGCGGACUGCGGGCCUGGGGCGCGGGCGCGGGCCCCAGCCGGCGGGUGAGCGAGCGAGCCGGAGCCGGGGCGGGGGCGGGGGCUGAUCCCCUCCCGGCCGAUCCCCUCCCGGCCGCUCCCCACCCGGCCGCUCCCCACCCCGACCUUCCUCCCCUCCAGGCCCUGGCCGGUGCCCUCGAGUUGGACUCCUCCAGCCCGGCCCCCUCCGGGGAACCCCCCCCGGAUCGCCCCAUCCUGCGGCCGUGCAGCCUCCCGGUCCCCGCCCACCGCGCCCCGGUGCAGGCCUGGCUGGAGUCGUUGCGAAAACCCACGGACGUGCGACUGGGCCUGGUCGACCUUCACCCGGACGUGUUCGCCGUAGCUCCCAGGCUGGAUAUUUUACACCAGGUGGUCACGUGGCAGAGGAAUUUCAAGAGAAUUAGCUACGCCAAAACCAAGACGCGGGCGGAAGUGCGGGGUGGCGGCAGGAAGCCCUGGCGGCAGAAGGGCAGCGGCCGGGCCCGUCAUGGCAGUAUCCGCUCGCCCCUGUGGCGUGGAGGUGGCGUGGCCCACGGUCCCCGGGGUCCUACUAGCUACUACUAUAUGUUGCCUAUGAAAAUCCGCGUCCUUGGCCUCAAGGUGGCGCUGACAACCAAGCUGGCACAGGACAACCUUCAUAUUGUAGACUCUCUGGAGCUGCCAACGUCAGAUCCUCAGUACCUGAUGGACUUGGUCCAGUAUCGACACUGGGGCGAUUCGGUGCUCAUUGUGGAUGUGGAGGAGCAGAUGCCCCAGAAUAUUGUCUCCGCAGUCUCCAGCCUGAAGAAGAUCAACUUGAUGCAUGUCCUUGGCCUGAAUGUCUACAGCAUCCUCCGUUUCCAGACCCUGGUCCUCACACUGGACACCGUCUCUUUCCUGGAGGAGAAACUGCUGUGGCACGACUUCCGCUACAGCCCCCUCUACCCCUUCCACCUGCCCUACAGCGACAUGCCUUAAGCCCCAUUCCUCCGUCCCUUAUGGACUCAGCCCACAUAGGGAGGGGGAGAGGAGAUGCAGGAUGGAUGAACUGGUCUGAUUUCCACCACCGUGUUACAAAGCAAACCCUCCCUCACCCACACCUUAAAGUCAAUGUCUGUACUCCUUCCUUCUCUUAGCCGUUUUCCAUGGUAAAUUCCCUACAGCCCGUCUCCCCGCAACCCCAGAAGGUCCCAUGGGGGGAAGAGGGGGGAAGCGGCCAACCUCAGGAGGAAGUUUUGUGGGUUGGGUCUUUCCUGGCUAACCCUUUUGCUUUUGCUCUUAGGAAGGCCGCCCCCUCUCCAGUGCUUCCCAGAUUCCCCUGCCCGCUCCCUUCUUAUUUGUUCUACCUUGCCCACCGCCUCAUCUCUCAGGCCCAGUCCCCUCCCUGGCCCCCUGUGCUUGUCUGGCUAGGUCUGAAGUGCUGGGUCGUUCCGGAAGAGGGGUGUCCCAGGGAUGGGGAGGGACCUCUCCCGCUCAAAGCCUCUGUACCCUGCCCCCUCCUGCUAGGAGUUGCUGUGAUCAUGGUUCAUGGGGAUUGGGAGGGGAAAGGGAAUUCAGGCCCUACCCAUGAAGUUUCCUUCGGGGGACAGUCAUUCUACCACUUCCAUUUUCCCACUGUAGUGUCCCCUGACCAGGAACAGCUGAGCCUAGGAUUAGGGCCUGGCCCCCUGGAAGUAGAGGGUGGACACCCGCUGGGUUCUGUGGCUAAGGGGAAUGUGAGUUUGAAUUAAACUGGUCCUAGAAUCUGCUGCGCGAA